CUUUUGAGUUCUGGUUGGUGGCAACUGGCAAUCAUUUUGUAAUAAGUUCUUAUUAAUAUUUUAAAUUUAAUUUUUUCAUAUUCUGUGAAUUUUGACCAAAUGUAAGUAUAUCAAAUUUUUAUUGAAAAUAAUUGAAGUUUAAUUAUUUAUCAGUUUUUAUAAAUAACUAUUAAUUUGUAGUUAUUUUGUAGACCGUUCAAAUUGAAACCUAUGUAACCAUGUGAUAAAUGUUUAUCUUUUCACUUUUUGUCAUUUUUUAUGACAAAUUGUAUUUCAUAUUUUAUUGUUACUUUAGAUUUGCUCAUCAUGUCUGCUGAUUUAAGUUGGAUGAUAAUCAGAAAUAGCAAUGCUUUCUUGUCAAAGAAAACAAAUAUUAAAAAACCAUUCAGCAAAGUAUGUAAUCUGGAAUAUUAUUUACUUUUUAUACAAAUUUAAUGACUUAAUUAUCAUAUAAAUUAUAGGAACCAAUGAACUUGACAAACUUGGCUUCAAAACGCUACAAUGGUCUUGUGCAUGACAAUAGUAUUGGUGUUGAAACAGCUCCUAACAACAAGGGGUUCACUGUCAUUACCAAAAGACGCAAAUUAGCAGUGAGUUGAAUUUGUACUCUUCUAAAUUUAAAAUAUGUAUUUUAGCUUCUGUUUUUGUUUUUUUCAAUAUUUUCUAUGCAAAAUGUAUAAAUACCAAAAACAUCUAAAUUUAAAAAACUAGCUAAUUUUUUUUUUAAAAGACUAAUACCAAAAGUGAUGGUGUACUCUUUAUGUCUGCUACCUUAUACAUACCACUGACCUAAAGAAUCCAAGUUAUGUAAAUUCUAUUUCAUUAUAAGAGACUGGAUUUCAAUUACCCUCUUAUUUUGCGAUUCAUAUUUGACUUUUACCCAUAAAUUAAUCAUGCAAAAUCUCUGUUAAAUAGAUUAUAAUAAAAGAACAAAAAAAAAUUUUCGUAUUGAUAUAAUGACUAUUCGUUAUGCUUUCUGGUUUUACUCAUAAGUUCACUCUACUUGUGAGAUAACAUAUAAAUAAAAUAAGCCCAUUUUCAAUUAAUUUUACACUCCAUUGAAGUGCUUUAAAAUACAUUUUGGAAAAUAAAAACAAUUAUGGGAGUUAAAUUGCAUUCAUACCUAAAAUUUGUUGCUUAAAAUAAUUUUGAUCAUCUCAAAUCUAUUUUAAAAUAGUAAACCUAAAGAUCAAAAAUCAAAUUUUAGUUUUUAGUAUUUUUCAUAUCUUAUGAAUAUUUCUUUUUCCGUUAUUAGUUUAAUACAAAUUUUUCAAAUUAUUAUAUCAACUUACAAUUGACUCUCUUGACCGCAUUUCUUAUGCUUAUAAUUACUUAUAUUGGUUUUGAAAUUUUUAAUUUUCGUUAUUAAAUUCUUUUUAGUAGAUCAAUUUUAAAUUGAUAUGGAAGUCGUAAAUAUAGAUAUUUUUCUAUUCAUUUAAAUAACUAUUGUUAUAUAUUUUAAAUUGAAUUACAAUUACAUAAUAUUAUUGCCAAAAAUUUAAAUGAUGAAUAAUGCUUCACCAACUCUGAAUUAUUUAUGAAUUUUUUUUUUUCGAAGCUGAUAAAUCUUUGGUUAAUAAAAUUUAAUUAUGCACAAAUUAAUUAAUAUAAACAAAAUAUUUUUGUUUUUACAAAUAUGUGUCUUUUUAUGUAGCAUGAUAAAAAUUAUAGUAUAAGGUAUAGUAAACUAUAGUGUACAAUUAACAUAGGUGGUUAAAAUCUAAAUCUAAUUGUAUGGGUUGUAUGGGUAAAAGAGAUAGUACGUCCGUUUUUCCACACCUAAAAGUUGGUAGAUUUCAGUAGAGCUAAACAAUUUAAGUACCUGGGUUCAAUAUUAACAGAAAAAAAUUAAACCGACAAAGAAAUAACAUCAAGAAUUCUGUCAGGAAAUAAAUUCUUUUAUGGACUCACAAAAUUACUAGGAUCACAAUCUCUGUCCAUAGAAAUGAAGAUACAACAUGAAGAUGUCCAGUUGUCACUUAGGCUGAGGUCUGGCUAUUAAGAAAGACUGAGGAAAGAAAAUUACUGGUUUUUGAAAGGAAACUCUUUAGAAAGAUUUUAGAUCUGUUAAAGACAGAGAAAUGGGACAGUGGAGAACAAGUAAAAAUGAAUUACUGCAAAGGAUGUUCCGGAAAGAAAACAUCUUAAGCGUAAUCAGAAACCGAAGAUUUCAAUGGGCUGAACAUGCUAUGCAAAUCCAGAACCAUCUUAUAAGGAUGAUUGUGAAAGAAAACCCAGUUGGUAUGAUUGAGGUGGGGGGAUAUGAUAAGAAAAUACGUGGAAACACUGAAUAAAGGAUGAGAUUGGAGAACAAAAGCUAUGGAUAGAGAAGGAUGAAUGACUAGAUGUGUGAUGAGAUGGUCUUGAUGGCCGGAAAACCCAAUAAGAAGAAAUUAACAUUUAAAUAAAUUAAAGAGCAAACAUUAAAACAAAAAUUAAAUUUUGAAAUAUAUCUAUGGCUUGGUGCAAGAACAGCCUGUCAAAAUAAUAAAUAUUGAUUAUCAUUGAUUUUCCGGUAUUAUUACUUUAUUACUUAUAGUAUUUGCUGAAAUAGUUCUAGUGAAUCACUAGUUUUAAACAUGUUAUUUUAGGUGUAUACGUGUUCACUAUAAUAUAGUGUUAAUAAUGACAACACAUUUAUAACACUAUGCUGAAAACAAACCUAAUAUUGAAUAUUUUUACUGUUUGAUUUUUUUGAAAAUGCAUUUUUUUUUUUUUACAUUGACUUUUUGAAUCAACAUCUAUUCAGAUUCUAUUCUAUUUUAAUAUUAAUUUGUAAUCCUUUUGUAAUCAAAAAUUAAGUUUUUUCUUGUAGCCAAGAUAAUUCAGAAAUCAACUAUAAUAUAACCAUAACCAAUGUAUUUUAAAAAAAAAACAAAUAUUCAAAUAAAGUUCUAUCAGUGAAAAAUCUGCAUCUUAUAGUACGUAAUAAAUAAAUUUUUAAAAGUAGAUUAUCCGGGAGGAUAAAAAGUUUACUUGUUUACUUCAUAAAUUAUUCACUUACCCUCAGAUCAAAUCAUAGCUAUACUAAUGUGUAGCAUGAUGGGUAAAUUUAUUUAAUGUAUGUCCAUGAAGAAAUUUCCAAUGUAGUCCAGCUAAUAUUAAAAAUUAUGGUUUUUUUCAUGGAUACACCAUUGAAUAUUCUUUACGAUCAUAUCUUCUCUGUCCAUAGUAAUCAUGGUCUCUCUUCUAGCCUUAUAUUUUGUAUUUUCUCUUAUUGUACUAACCUCAACUGAGAUUAGUACAGUGCUGUAUAUGACUAGCCAUUUUAAAAUUUUGUAUUUAUUGAAAAAACUAGCUAUAUACAACAUUUGCCUAGUGUAUAAAUUUAAUUGAUGCUUUCAAGUAAGAAAAGCAAAUUUUUAAUAGGAGUGUUUGCUGUUGAUGAGCGCAUUAACUUUUUAUAGUAGAACUUUAUUCGUUAUGCAAACCAACACUCCUAGUAUUUGGCUUAAUUUUUGUACAAAAAUAUUGAUUUUUUAAUUUUUUAUUUGAAUUGUUUUUGGAAGAAGUAUAUUGUUGUAUGUAUACAAGUAUAUAAAGUAUUAAGUACAAGUACAUAUAAAAAGAGAUUGUCAUACUUCCGACUGACUGGAUGGGUCAAUACUGUAGGUAGGAAGUUAAAAGAAUGAUAUAGAUAAUUUAAUGUACAUCAUUUGUAUACUUAUGAAAAACGAUUCUGAGAAAAAUGUGGUCUUACAUGUUAUUACAGCCUUUCAAGCUUUAAUAUUUACAAUUUUCAUCAAUAUUUGAUAUAAAAACUAAUUUUUUUUUUUUUUUGUUAUUCAAAAUGGACCUCCUGUUUAAUUUUCUGAAAAACUGCUUGAUCUAACAAUUUAAUCCACUGAGUACUUAACAAAUAAAAAUUUCAUUAAAAAAACUUUCAAAAUCUAAUGUCUAUAAAUAGCUCAAAAAUGGCACUAAUGUUUUGACAUUUUAUCACAUCCAGAAGAGACAAAUAUAAGUGAUCUUUCCAAAUUCAAGUUUCUACAAAUAUUUCUAACUGAAUCGUAACAAAAAAAACAAAUUAAAAAUAAAACAUUGUGUAAAUUGUCAUGGUUUUCCCAAUUUACUAUGGAAACCCUUUGGAAUAUCAAAACAUGACUUUCCUUAAGCACCAACCAGAUAAAAUUUCCUUUCAGAAAAGGACGCAUUACAACCUGAGCAGAUUACGGUGAAAGUUGUUUACAUAUUACAAAAAAACUUUGUAAAACUAAUAUACAUUUCUCAAUCUAAAAUUUUGUUUUACAAUCAAAAUAUGCUUAUGUGUAUAUGAGAAAAUGGUUAAAAGAUAACAAACCAAAAUGUUUAGAGUAUAUAUAAGUAUGCAAUCUGUUAGUAAAUUAUGUAAUAUAUUAUAAGUAAUUAUUUUUAUUUAGGAAUUUUAAUCAUUUAAUAAUUUUGUUUUUACUUUAUUAUUUAUCUAUUUUUAUUAUGAAAAAUUGGUAUAAUUCAUAGUUAUUAUUAACAUUAACAUUUAAAUUUGUUUCCUUAGAAUAAGCCUGGAAAAUCUCUUAUCAAAGUGAAUUUUACUAGUGGCCCAAGGAGAUCAUUAUUUAAAUUGAGAAAGUAUUUACUGGGUAACAGCUACAGAAAAGAUUUGAUUCAGGUACUAUAAAUGUUUAUUUUAAUAAUGUUCUUAAAAUAAUAUGUUAACAAUUUGUAUGAAAUUUGUAGGCUUCUUUGAGAAGAGCAAGUGCCAUUUUGGAAUCCCAAAAGCGAGCCGCAUUAACUUUGAAAAAGUUGGGUAAAAGCAAAAAACCUGAUGCUUAAAUUUUGUUUAAAAUAAAUAAUCUUUAUCUUGAAAUAUGUUUUUUUAUUCGACUACUCUUCUGUCUUUUGUUCUACAAAAUGGACAAUAACCUUGUUUUAAAACUUCAACUUCGUAUUCGUCUGAGUGGAACAUC